GGGGGAAGUAGAGGAGGAGAUUAAUAACCCUUGAGUGAGGGGCGAAGAUGGAGACAGGUGCCCAGGUCUCAGACUGUGACAGCGAUGAAACAGUGAUUGAGGGGUCGGUGACAGAGAACGAACUGGACGAUGAGGAGCUCCCCUGGAGAAGGCUGCUCUUGAAUCAAGACACAUCUUUGAAAUCUGAGUUCUGUUUUCAUUCUGGUGUAGAUGGAAUGUGGAAAGGAAUGCCUUCCCCUGUGAUUCAUCUUGGGCUCAAACUCAGAAAGGACUCAGAAGAGCAAAAGAAUAAAAAUGAGGUGAUACCCACUCUUAGUGAGGACCUAAUAUUACAGGAUUCUCAAGAUGAAGCAAUACAAAAUCAAGUUCUGUUACAAACGAGAAAAGAAUUCCCAGCAUCCUCUGUGUCUCCUCACCCCGAAGUGUCAUGGAGCCAUCGAAAGACUGGAGGUCCUGAAGUUGAAACUUGUGAAAAUUUGCCACACCCAGGAAAGGAACUAAGUCAAAACACAGAUUCCCCUGAAAUUAGUCUUCUCUUGGGUACUUCACUUAUGGCAUCUGAUUUGGCUACACUAAAGGAGAAAUCAUUAACAGAGCCAGUGAAGACCUUAGCUGUACCAAAUACAUUUUCUGAUCCUGGAAAGGAAGUAUCACUGAUCAUAACUUCUAAAGAAACCAAAGAUGAAGAAAGCUCUCUUGAAACAUUUGUGUCUGCUUUAGAAAGGUUACUAGAAUCACCAGAAGGCACCCAAGAAGAAACAAAUGACUUCAAUCUUCAAGAGUUAAUGAACCCAUUGAGCAACUCCUUGAGUUCUGUAUCAGUCCCUUUGAGUGCCUUGCCAACACAUUAUAGAGAUGUAUUAGAAAACAUGAAGGACAGUGAUGUAUUACCUGCUGAGUUGCUGGCAACCAUCAACACUUUACCAGGUGCUGAUGAAAGACCUGGACCUGUAGGACCCAACUGUCAAGGACAAGAGAAAAGCAGCAGUGUUAGUGAUGGAAAUGGAUGUUUAGAAAUACAGCCUACCAUGUCUCAGAUAGACGAAGACUGCACACAAAUAGCACAGACUAUAGAAGAUCCAAAACCAUAUAGGUUGCAAAUAAUGACUCAUGAAGAUGGCACCUCUUAUGAACAACUAAACAAUAAAGGAAAUUCAGAACCCGUGGAAAAUACCUCUGUACAGGAAACACCACAUGUACUAAGAAGAUCAUCUAGGCUGAAAAAACUGAAAGCAAGCAGAGAUGUGACACAUACAGAUGUCAUGUUGAAGAUGCCAGAAAAGAUUUUAUCAAAACCACUUAGUUAUGAGGAUCGAAUACAUAGCACAUUUGCAACUAAGAAUUUCAGUAAAAGGAAGAAUAUGCAUUUGUCCAGAUUCAAGAGUGAACAGAUACAGAAAAAUGAACAACUUACAAUAAAAAAUGGAAAAAGGAAGAUGAAUAAAAUGUUUCUCUGUAAUAUAAACCGGAGAAACAUUUUUGGAGAGAAUUUAGUGUAUAAAGCUGCUCUCCAUAAUGAUGUUGAUCUGGUUCGCUGUUGCAUAAAAAAUGGUGGAAAUGUCAAUCAGCCAAGUUAUGCUGGGUGGACAGCACUUCAUGAAGCUAGCGUAGGAGGGUAUUAUCAGACAAUAAGUGAACUACUAAAGGGUGGAGCGGAUGUGAAUGUCAAAGGAAAGUACCAGAUUACUCCCCUACAUGAUGCUGUGAUGAAUGGACAUUAUGAGGUGGCGGAGUUACUUCUCUUGAAUGGAGCUGACCCAUUAUUUAGAAGUGACCAUGGAACAUGUGCUUUGGAUGAGGCCAAGGAUUCCUUUAUGGAGAAUCUCCUUAGGAAAUACAUUCCCAAACAUACAAAGUGUCACCUAUCAGCCGAAAGGAAGAGCACUGUCCCAGCAUAUGUAGAAGAUAUAUUCCAGUACAAGAAACCAAAAUUAAGUUCUAAUAAUCACACUGAGUUUAUCUGUGAUGGAAAUUGUAAUAGACAGGAACCAGGACAUAUAGAAACCAAUAAAGGAAGCAAUAAUUUACUUGUAAAUAAAGAAUAUGUAUAUGAACAUUGCCAGAAAAAUUCCAGUGCCACAGAAUUUGACAAGAACAAUGUCCACAGUGUGAAAGAUAGCAGAACUGAUGUGUCCAAAAGUAAAGGACCAAUAGAUAUACAACAUAAAGAAACUCAAGUAGGUGAUAGACACUCUAGUUCAAGUCAGGGAAUAGCUGUUUCUUCUUUCAGGAGAAUGAAUACGUUAGUUACCCUGCAGCAGCAUACCGCCCAAACCCUUGUUGACCUUCCAAAAGAGUCAUGUGAACUUUCUAUCCCAAUUUCAGCAAGCUUAAAAAAUAGUUCCGGUAACAGCAAUGAGGCUUGUUUGGUUUCCAGAAAGUUGAAUACCCACAUUCUGGAUUUAUCAGAUAGUCAAGAAAUGGAGUUCUUGGAAUUAGGGUCCGUUGAUCAAACUAAAGCUUCUUCCUUCUCUGAACUUCCUUUAUAUAAAGAAAUAAAAUUACCACAUGUAACUGCAGAUCAACAACCUCACACUAACCAAGAUCAAUGCAGUAGAUCACGUAAUCCCCUUGAAAACAAUAGCUUGGAUGAAAAAGGCAGAAACCUUAAUGAGUGGGAAGAUUCCUUCCUCUCCUUCAUAAAAGGACGCUUUGCUGACAGCGAUAGUGAUUGCCAGACGUCUGUCAAGUCUGUGGCCUCUCAGAAAGAGUCCAUGGGCCACUGCCAUAAUGAAGAGAGCACAGCUGAUGGAGAAGAAAUGGGCUCUGUGCAGGUUUUAUCCCCUGAAAACUAUUUUUCACAGGAAAAUGAGCUAACUACAUAUCCACAAGAAGAAGAAGCUGUUAAUUAUUGUGAUUCAAAUAAAACAUUAAUUUAUGAGCAACAUAUUCCAAAUUAUAAGCAGUAUAUAUAUGGAACUUCUUUUGAUCACUCAUAUGCCAGUACAGGGCACAAUGCGAUGCCUUGUAGAAGACCACCUUCAACACAGGAAGUUACACAGGUGACUGGUCAAGUGGAGGUAUUAAAAGCAUUCCAGAACAAUGCCCACAGAGAGCCAACUCCUUUAGUAAAUCAAGCCGAUACAUAUAAUAUGGAGAAGAUGCAAGACACUGAGAGGAAUGAUACUGUAAAAGACCAAAAAGCAAGUUCUUCAAAUAGUCCUUUACACACACUUGUUCAUUCUCAAGUAAUAGAAAUAAGUACAGCUGAAAAAAGGACGCAAGACCUUCCAGGGAACGAGCCUGUGAAUAAUGCAGAUUUUCAUUCCACUGACAAUGUGAAUAAAGAAUUGGCCAACUCCUCACAGCGUACUCAAGGAGAGAAGGAAAUGGCUCAGAAAUCAGAUGAGGAGUUAACUGGUAAUGCCAGCAGAGCUGGAAGAGCUGUGAGAGAUUGCAAGGAGAAAGGGGAGAAGGUGGAUUUAGAAACUCACAUGACUCGUGAUACCCAAGAACACAGAAAAGACCAGAGUUUCAGGAAAAGGAAAGGUUCUUUGGAAUCCCCCUGCAGCCAAGGUUUGUAUAACACAGCUGGAAUCAAGAAGAGGAAUGUCGAAGGAGAGAGCCAGCUGCAUAUGGCUUCCAGAGAAGGGAAUCUGUCCCUAGUGAAAGUUCUAGUAGAGUCUGGAGCAGAUGUCAAUCUAAAAGAUAAUGCAGGUUGGACACCACUUCAUGAGGCAUCUAGUGAGGGAUUUAGUGACAUAAUUACAGUGUUAUUAGAAGCUGGUGCACAUGUAAACUGUGAAAGCAUGGAUGGAACGCUGCCUUUACAUGCUGCUGCUGUGGGGAAUCAUUUAAAGGCAGCUGAGAUUCUUCUAGGACAUGGAGCAAACCCUAAUCAGAAAGAUCAGAAGCAGAGGACUGCUUUGGAGGAAGCAGAUGAUGGAAAAAUGAAAGAACUAUUAAAAUCUUACUGUGCUGUUGAGACCAGUAGUGGAAAUGAGAUUAGCUCUGCAAUGACUGUAAAACGUCCUGUUAUCCGACCAAAAAGAUAUAAGUCACGUUCUUGCAAUAAUGAAAAAACAAUUGAUCCUCCUUCCCCUUUACAUAGAGUGGAGAGACGUGAAAGCCUUCCUGCGCAUCAGACCAUCAGUGCUAUUCUACAAGAUAUAGAAGAAAAACAAGAAAACUUAUUAAAAUUUGAAAUAAGAAACUCUGAGGAUGCAGAACAUUACAUUCGAAGGAUGUUAGAGAUAAAAGAAGUUAUGGAUAAUAUACUUGCUCAACAGAAGACAGAAAGGGAUGAUCUAGCUAAAAAAUACAGGGUAUCCAUGGAGUCAUUUAAGCAUGGGGCCCUGAGAGAACAAUUGGCUAACUUGGCCACAAGACAAAAGAGUCUUUUAGUUGUGGCAAAGAAACAGAAAAUGAUAAGACUGAAAAUUCAGAACUAUAAGAAUGCCAAACCAUUUUCUGGUAUUAGUUUGAGGAAGCAUUCAUCUAGCUCGGACAUCUCCAGUGAGAAGAAGAACCAAGAGUCUCCUAGUCUGGAACACUCAGUACAGCCCCAUUCAGGCUCACUUUCUUCCGUCAGUCUCGCUUCUGUUUGUCCUGUUAAUAGAAGCGUAGAACCAAAAGCAUUGUCUGUGGAAAUACAGAAGGACAGCCAGAAUAGUAACAUUUGUUUAGAUGCAGAGGUAAUGAAAAGAGGAUCCUCUGGAAAUGAGGUGAUUUCUAAAGCAAAUGUCCAGGGUCAUGUCUUGGAUGUGUUAUUGAAAUCCAGACACUCAGUUGGCACUGAGAAAAUUAAGUUACCACCCCAGCCUGUUGCUUUUAUUCCUCAAGGAGGAAAUUCACAAGCAGAAAGUGCUUUUACAGAAACUGUAGUCCAAGGCCACAGACUUGAUAGUUCUCCUUCAAUGACUGGCACUGUAAAUAUUUCAGAAGAUACAAGUAUAUUUUCUCAAAAUGAUGCUUGCCUACCAACUAUUCCUCAGAAUCAGGACCUUUCCCGUUAUCCAACAAGAUCAAAGAAGAAAACAGCUUCCCACCCACCAUCUGGGGGAGCAUCGGAACCACUGGCUCAUCUAGUGACUGCUGUCUUAGACACUGAUACCAUGCAGCAGACAAAGCCAUGUCCUAAAACAGCUUCUGUUGUUGUACAUGCAAAUGACCUUCAGACCUCCCCCUCCUCUGGGUGUGCCCAUCAGCAUCCCAUUAAAAAGCCUUCCCACCACAGCACAGCUGCUAAAAAGAAAAAUGUGCAGCUGAAAGAUUUGAUAUCACUUGGAAGAAUUAAUCCAGGAAACGACAUUCUGGAAUUCAAAACACAGGAGACUACCCACAAGGCCAGUAUUUUAUUGAGUGGUAAACUUAAGGUAGAAAAUGGGCAGAUUUACCAGAACCCAGUUGCCUGGCUCAAGGAUCUUCUGGGAGGUGGCAAUUAUGUGACCUGGAAUUAUGCUUGGAGUAAGGUAACAUAUCUUGGAAAGGAGCUUCUGAAGUAUGUGUAUGAAGUGCCUGUCCCUCCAGAACCUCAGAGCACUCCUCAACAGCAGCAGCCUUGCCUCCCAGGCAUCCCUCAUUAUCUACAGAUAAAAGAGAUACUUUUAAUCAGCGAUCAAGAGCUUCUGCCUUGCCAUGUAAUGGAGCAACACUGGAAGUUCUAUGUGAACUGUAAGAGGCUACCAUUCUGA